CAACGGUUGAUAAUGAUAAUGAUGAAUAGAUAUUUACAGCUUCGUCUCCGGGUUUGCAACAAAGGGGAUUUAGGAUUGGGAAGUGUUAUUGCAGAGAAAAACGCAUUUUUUCUUCAUCCUUGUGGUUUUGUGCUAUGUGUAGCAUCAUUUCGAAGACGCACUACCAUUUAGGACAACUUCCAUUGAAGCCACUUCAUUCUAGUAAGAGAGAGUAUGGAAUUGGGAGGGUGAAGAUGAAUGGGAGAAUGGGGGUGGUGUGUAUGGGGAUGCUUGCACCCAGAAAGUUCAUGCAGAGAAGGAAGAAAUUGGAAGUGUUCAAGGAUGCUGCUGAUGAAGCUGAUCAGAAGAAUUGGAGGAGGCUCAUGAACCAAAUUGACGAGACCGGUUCCGCUGUUUCCGUCCUCAUUUCUGAGAAGAAAGCAAACCACACUCUUCCUAGAGACCUUAUCCUUGGUACCUUGGUUAGGUAUAAACAACUCAAAAGGUGGAACUUUGUUGUUGAGAUUCUUGAAUGGCUUCGGACUCAAAGUUGGUGGGAUUUCGGUAAGAUGGAUUUUGUUAUGCUUAUAACGGCUUAUGGAAAGCUGGGAGACUUCAAUAAUGCUGAGAAGGUCUUGAGCUUGAUGAAUAAGAAUGGGUAUCCACCAAAUGUAGUAGCUCAGACUGCACUUAUGGAGGCAUAUGCGAAAGGAGGUCGAUGCAGUAGCGCCGAAACAAUAUUUCGUAGGAUGCAGAGAUCAGGCCCUGAACCUUCUGCAGUAACAUAUCAGAUAAUACUCAAUGCGUUUGUUCAGGGGAACAAGUUUAAAGAAGCUGAAGAAGUAUUUGAAAAUCUACUGAAUGAUGAAAAAUCGCCUUUGAAACCAGAUCAGAAGAUGUUUCAUAUGAUGAUUUAUAUGUAUAAGAAGGCAGGAAGUUAUGAGAAGGCUCGCAAGGCAUUUGCAGUGAUGGCUGAACGGGGAAUUGAACAAUCUACAGUUACAUAUAACAGCUUGAUGUCAUUUGAAACAAAUUACAAGGAAGUUUCAAACAUAUAUGAUCAGAUGCAAAGAGCUGGUCUCAGACCUGAUGUUGUGAGCUAUGCCUUACUCAUCAAUGCUUACGGGAAGGCCAGGAGGGAGGAAGAAGCACUAGCUGUAUUUGAGGAAAUGCUUGAUGCCGGUGUCAGACCAACCAGGAAGGCUUACAAUAUUUUACUAGAUGCAUUUUCAAUAUCUGGAAUGGUAGAACAAGCUCGGACAGUGUUUAAGAGCAUGAGAAGAGAUAGAUGCUCACCGGAUAUUUGCUCAUACACUACCAUGUUAUCAGCUUAUGUGAAUGCAUCUGACAUGGAGGGUGCUGAGAAGUUUUUCAAGAGAUUGAUACAAGAUGGUUUUGAGCCCAAUGUUGUAACCUAUGGAACCUUAAUCAAAGGUUAUGCUAAGAUAAAUGAUCUUGGGAAGGUAACACAGAAGUACGAGGAAAUGCUUAAGCGCGGCAUCAAGGCGAAUCAGACUAUUCUGACCAACAUCAUGGAUGCAUAUGGAAAAUCCGGUGACUUCGACAGCGCUGUCCUUUGGUUCAAGGAAAUGAAGUCUCCUGAUCAGAAAGCCAAAAACGUCCUUCUAUCUUUAGCAAAUACAGAGGAGGAGAGAAAAGAGGCUAAUGACCUUGCAUUGCAUUCCAAUUUACCUAAAGUUAAUGGUGUUAGCAAAUUAGGUGAUGAAGAUGAUGAUGAGAAUGAGAAUGAGAAUGAUAACGAUAACGAUCAAGAACAUAAUUAUGAAUAUUUUGAUGCACAGUUGAGCAUGGCCUAUGAUGAACAAUCCAGAGUUCCCAGCUGAUGACCGAGAAGUUCUGGAAGUCUCAUUACAAAUUUUGUUUAUUGUCAAAUUUAGGAUCUUUAUGUUUUUCUUUUUCUGUGGUGCAAUUAUAUUAUAGACAAACAAUUCUUUUCUUUUUCUUCAAUUAUUUUCGAAAGUGUUCAUUUCAA